ACUUCCCUGAAAAGCUAUCCCUUCCCUGCAUCGCCCUGUACCAAGAGAGGGGACGGGGUUCAGAGUCAGACGGAGAAGGGUUUCAAGGAGUCCUGCUCUGGCUCUGCUCCAGCAGCUCGUCCCCAGCUGAACACAACAUGAAGGUCUCUGUGGCUGCCCUUGUCUUUGUCCUCAGCAUGGCCUGCUGCUCCCAGGCCUCCAUCAAAGAAAAGAGUUUUUCAAUGAGCUCGGGUAUCACGUCCGACUGCUGCUUCAUCUACACGUCCCGGCAGAUCCCCCGCAGCUUAGUGACUGACUAUUUUGUCACCAGCAGCAUGUGUGCCCAGCCAGCUGUAGUAUUUAUCACAAAGAAAGAACGUAAAAUUUGCACCAACCCCAAAGAUGCCUGGGUUCAAGAGUAUGUGAACGACCUGAAAUACACGGUCUCUGGGGACAGACAGUGGUGAAAGCCACUCUCUGUUCCCACCGGUGCAGCCAGGCCAAUCGCCGCUGACUGCCAUAGAGCACCAAACGAUCAGCAGUGUUUGAAAUGUCAUUUACAACUAUUAAAGCAAC